UUAAAUAUUUUAGUAGUUAAAAUUUAACUCGCCUAUUUUCAGAGUAACAACAAUAAAAACAAGAACGAGUAAUGCUUCCUCAAUCCGAUCAACCCUAACCUAGCAGAGCAGAGAAAAGUACCCGACAGAAGCUGCCGCUGCGACGCCGUUUCGAUUCAGUCCUAACACUUUCGUUGCAGUCAUGGUGCUAGAAAAUGGUAAGAGGAAGAAUCCAAACAUUCUGGUGACUGGAACUCCGGGGACUGGAAAGACAACCAUGUGCACUACUCUAGCAGAAGCCACCCAACUCCGCCACAUCAAUAUUGGAGAAUUAGUCAAGGAAAAGAACUUGCAUGAUGGCUGGGAUGAUGAGCUUGAUUGUUAUGUUCUUAAUGAAGACUUGGUGUGUGAUGAACUUGAGGAUGUUAUGGAAGAGGGCGGAAACAUUGUGGAUUACCAUGGCUGUGAUUUCUUUCCAGAGCGAUGGUUCGAUUGUGUAGUUGUACUUCAAACUGAUAACACCAUUUUGUAUGACCGUUUGAGUAGGAGGGGGUACACGGAUUCAAAGCUUUCAAACAACAUUGAAUGUGAAAUCUUCCAAGUUCUGCUUGAGGAGGCUAAAGAAAGCUACUCGGAGGAGAAAGUGGUUGCAUUGAAGAGUGACAAUAUCGAAGACAUUAGUAGAAAUGUUGCAACUCUGACAGAUUGGGUCAGAAAUUGGUCUUUACCCUCACAAUCUUAACAAAAUUAUAGCAGUAGUAGUUUGUAUAUACCAUGAGUGUGGUGAAAUGUCAUGAUGAACCGGAAGCAGAUCUGCAGUGUGGCUGAAUUCUCUUACAAAUUUUGGUGUGGCGUUUAUCGGAGGCAUUUAAGUUAUGGGCUUUAAAUUUGACAAUUGAAAGGAUAACUUUUGCCGAGUUUUGUGAUCCUGGGUUUCAAUUAGUGCAGCGAUGUUUAAUUAAACUAGAUGCAAUUUAUAUCCA